GUACUUUUGAUGAUGAACUUAAAUGAAGGUUCCCUGUCAAAACAAUCAAGGUCAAACAGAAAGUAAACAUAUGUUUACCUGGUAUUUUGUGUUGCGCUGACCAUGACAGCUGAAUCUGCAAAUGGUCUUCAAACAUUGGUAGAUCCAGUUGCAGAGGAUGUGAAGGUCGUUACACUUCUAAAUGAUUUUAUUAGUCAUCUCUCAGAGACCUCACAAGAAAGGUCACCAGAUGGUAUCCAUGGAAACCAAAAGUUUCUCUGUCACACACUUGACUUUUUGACCUAUCUGCAGUAUUACUAUUCAAGAAAUGCAGGAAAUAACUGUCUGAUCUCAGAUAUUUUGUCUCAGUUGAGACAGUUGCUAGUCAUUGUCUCAGAAACAGUAUAUGUCAGUGCUUCCUCCUGCAUUUGUGUUGAUGCAGUUGAAAAUGUCAUUACCAUGCCAACCAAAACAAAAUGCCAGCUGAGAGAAUUGACAACAAGAGUUAACAGAGUCACUAAUGUGGUUGUUACUCUUCAAAACUCUACUCAGACUUUUUUGAAAGAGUCGACAAAAACAAAAUACCUUGCUGUUUCUGAAGAGGACCAUUUGCUUGCUAUGACUACAAGGUCAAAGCAGGUCAUCGACCUUUUAGAAGGCUGUGAGAUUUUGUUGUCUGCUGUGUCAACAGGAGUGAAAGAAAAGGCAUCUUCAGAAAGAAGAUUCUUCAAUACAUCAUCUAUAGCAAUAGGAGCCAUUUGUGCAGGUCGACUUGCAUGGCAGCUUUUCAAAGGAGUUGAUACAGAACAGUUGAUAUCAUCAGGGAUCUGGGCUGGUAGUAUUGGAGUUUCUGCUGUUGUUCUACAAGUUCCACGCCUGAAAAUGUCUGAUGUUCUGAAUCGUCUGGAACAUUGUGAAAAAGAAUAUGAACAGAUGAAAAAGAUCUCAAAGAAUUGGAAAUUGUCUAGUGAAUGGUCGUACUCCAGACUUGUAAGACUGCCCUCACCUACAAAUGGCAUUAGAUUUAGUCUUAAUUAAAGAUAAAUUUUUAUUUAUACGAAAACUUGUAAUUUUUCUUUGAAGGUAGGAUAUUUUUUUUAUAUCAGAAUAGAGUUUUUUGUUGUUAAACUAAAAUACAAAACUUUAAUAAAAAGUUAAUGAUUACAGAUAGAAACUUCUCUAGCUUUUAUAAGAUAAUGUACAUUAGACAUUACUUUUGUCCAAGGGUAUUUUUAUGUACAGUUUUAAUGGAAAUUAUUUUCUUAGAAUAAUACCUUAAAGAUUAAUAGCUUUGUUAUAUUCUUAAUUCUUAUACCUCUGUAUUGGGCUUCUACCUCAUACUUUUUCAUUUAAUACUCCAUUUCCAGCAUUCUUCAAAAGCUAUUGGGCAGCUUUUCCAUUACAAUCAAGUUUAUAUUCAAAUAUGUUUUUUUUCUCUCAGGGCAAACAAUUUUUAAUGGAAAAAGUCAACCUCACCCUUCAAAAAAUGAAUGAUUGGUGCCUUUAAUACCACAAAUACUUACCAACUAUUGUUAAGAAUAACAUUAUACCUUUUAAAUGCUCAAAUUAUCAAUAUAGUAUAACAAGAAAAGAUUACUCAUAAGUGCUUUUUUAAUGAUUUUUUCUUAGUACCUAUAGAGUAGUCUCCCUUUUUACAUUUUGCUGUUUAACAGUUAUCUCUUUGUAAAGUGAAAACAUAUUUUCAGAUGUUUUAAGUUUUUUAUAAUGAUUUUCUUAUAGUUAGUCAUUUAGUUUAACUCUUGUUUGGUCAAUGCAAUGGUCAGCAAGUUCAGAGGUUAUUACUUACCUAGUAGCAUUGUUUUGGUUUGGAUAUUGAUACACGAGAAAUUUUCUUUGAAAUUGAACAUCCCCAUGUGUUCUUUAGCCAGUUUUGUAGCUUUUUGUGUAAUUUUGGUUAUAUUGAUCUUCAAUUUUUGACAUAUUCCUACAUUCAUUAUUUCUUUUUGAUCAUCAUUCAGGAGAAAUAUAAAUUUUUCAAAUGUUCCCAAAUUUCAAAUGAUGCAUCAGAUAACUUCAUUUAUCUCAGAAAUUUUUUUCAAGAAAUAAAACAAAAAGUAUUUAUUCAAAUUCCUCAUAAUAUAUAAUUAACUAUGUAGCCUGUCAAACUUAAAGGCCCCCUGUUUUUUCAUUUGGUUAGUGAUGAAUAGUUAAAUUUACCUGUUUAGGUGAACAAAAUAAUUUUUUAGUACCCAUUACACAUUUUAUAAUGUAUUAUAAUUAUUUUGCUGAUAACGUCCAUGCAAUAAAUCAACACAUUUGUAAUUAAAUUAGAAUUGAUAUAAAAGUCAGAUAAUCAUUUUUAAGCUCUGACUGUGACCCUGUAAAAGAGAACAGUAUUAAAAUGGCUGUCAGUUUCUUUUCUUUUGGUUUGGUCAUGUGCAUGUUCGGAUUUUAUUGCAUAAAUUGUGCAGCAUAUCCUUUCUUUUGCAUUUAUGUAUUUGAUUGCCGAAUUGCUUUUAUUUAUAUUCAGAAAGUAUUUACUAUUUACUUUGUUUAAUAUACCCAGUACGUGAUAUAAUUAGAAUUUUUUUUGUGUAGAAUGUGUUUGUUUGUGUGUAAAAAAUAUGUUUGUUUGUUAGGAUUACUUAUGUGAUAUUUUUGCAAUGAAAUUAAUUACGAAAUAAUAUCAUGGAUUUUAAUUAGGUUAGAUAUUCUGACAAGGUAUAAUACUCAGAAUUGAUUUAAGACUCAAGGAAUAUAAUAGAGAAUGGAAAUGGGGAAUGUGUCACAGAGACAACAACCCGACCAAAGAGUAAAAAACACAGACGAAGGCCACAAUGGGUCUUCAACACAGCGAGAAAAUCCAGCACCUGGAGUAUAUCUGAAUUAAGAAUGUUCGCUACUCUGUUUCAAAAUAACAAGCUUUUUAAAAGACUGUUAUAAAUUGAUAGUAUAUAAAUAAAGGAACUAAAAAAGUAGAAAAAAAUGAAGUGUCCGUGUACUUGUUUUCGAGAUAUAAGCUGUUGAAAAUUUGGCGGAAAAUGGUUCUCUCUAGAUUUUUCAUACAUUUAACAUUGGCUCCAUUUUCUUUCAAAAACUAGGAACAAAUAACAAGGAUUUUAUAAAAUUUGGCUUUUAAAACUAUAUGUAUUAAAAUUAUGAAAAGAAAAGUAGGGAUUAGGGGGCAAAAUUUUUAAUGGCACUACAUGGAUAAAACCAGAGGAUUCCGAAUAUCUGGCAAAAAUUCAAAAACAAAAGUAGCGAACAUCCUUAAGGGAGAUAAUUCUGUUUCUCUAAUUCUUUGGCAAUUUAACCCUUUCCAGACCCAUUGUAUUAAAAAAAUUUAAUCAAUGUGUGGUUGUUGAUGAUUUCAGAAGAUGAUUGGAUGAGUUUAAGGGUCGUAAUCUUUAUCAGCUCACUGGAUGAAUCAAAAUAUGCUAACAGGUGUUAAUGAAAUUGACAACUUUGUGGAAUGUGGAAGGCACUCGAAGGGGAUUUUUGUUAAUCAAAAAUGAAAAUUUAUUUGAUAAUCAUUAGAGAAACAGAUUCUUACAUAGUUACUCAUGGAUUAUCAGAUUUAUCCAAUCUCGAUAGUUAAAUUAUCAAUUUUAAAGUCCUACCUGAGGCUCAGACUUUAAAAUUCGUUAAUUUAAUUAUUUCGAUUGGAUAAAUCCGUUAAUCCACUUGUACCAAUGUAAGAAUUGAUAUAUAUAUAUUAGUAUGUAUGUCAUGGUCUUUUUCAUCAACUCUUUUUAAACAUUCAUGUGCAAUAGAAAAAGAAUAAUCUGAGUUACUAAGAAGCUUACAGUAAAUUUAUGAAAAUGGUUGACAUAAACAUUUCAGUGAUUUGUAAAGAUUGUAAACUAGCUCUACCUCCUUUUACAAAACCUUCCUACUUACUUCAGCAAAUUGUGUUUAUAGGCUACCAUUAGUUUUCAAAAGCCAGAUAUUUUUUACUUACCUUUUUUUAAGAAAUCUUUUUUUUCUUAUGAACAUUUUUAUGUCUGAAUAGUAUUUUGUUAUUGUAAUGCAUUUAAUUUUACUUUUUUUAAUACUCUUGAGUGAAAUCUUUUACGAUGCUUUUAUUUUGCAGUUAUUAUUACAAUGGAUAUAAUAGGUAAUGAUGUUAAGAAGUGCAUUCAGAAAUUAUUCUGGGAAUUUAUAAAUUUGACUAAUUACCAGUAACAUAAGUAAGAAAUGCAAAAUAAAGGCAACAGUAGUAUACCGCUGUUCGAAAUUCAUAAAUCGAUUGAGAAAAAACAAAUCCGGGUUGCAAACUAAAACUGAGGGAAACACAUCAAAUAUAAGAGGAGAAGACUAUUAAUUAAUUAAUUGAUAAAAUCUCAGGAAUUUCAGGAUUUUUUUUUCAAAUGAAAUAUGAAUAAAGGUAAUAAACAAUCAAUUUGAAUAAUCUGUAUCAGUGAUAUCGAACAAUCAAAGUUUUAUUAGUUCUGUGUAAACUUAAAUUUGUAUACUUCAAACAUGGAAAUUUUCCUGCAAGGGUUAUUUUUGCUUUUUUUUUGCCAUAUUGUAAAAUGCAAGAAACUAUUCCGUGUGAAUAGAUUUACAAAUCAACAAUAAUGAUGCAAAUGACUCUGUUAUCAUUCAACAGGAGAAUUAAACUUCCGAGCGCAAAGUUUAUCCAUCAAUAAGUUGAAAAAAAACUCCUGGCACACUAUUAACUUUUUCGCUAAUGCUAAAAUUUCGAUUAAGAAGCAGAUAUAGAAUCAAAUACAUGUAUUCACAUCUAAACUUGAUCUUAAAGGAGAAGGUCAGGUAAGGGCUAAUUCUGGCCUAAAAUUUGAAGUACAUCUGAUGAAAUAUUUUCGAUCUUUUUUAAACACUUAAGUGUCUACUGGUACUUCAGUCGAUUCAAUUAGUUUAUGUAAAAGAUAUGAACUGAUUUGAUUAUUAGAUAUGCUCAAAUUCAAGCUUAAAUAUCUAUCAAAUAUGCCAUAAAAAGUCACUUUUCAGAUGGUUUUUGUCUAAAAUGUAAACUGGCUGCAUUCGUGUUCAGUAACAACCAUUAUAUAUGUUAUGUGUUAUCAUCAAAUACAACAUAUAUUUUAAUAUUAAGACUGAACACAAUGCAGCCACUUCCAUUUUAGGAUUAGCACAAAUGCUAGAAUUGCGAAAAUUUUGCAUGAAUUAAUGAUGCUAGUACCUGAUGCAUGUGCAUUAUAAUGUAGAAAAACAGCCCAUAUUUAUGUAAAAAAAGUUUUCUACUUUCCAAUAAAUAGCAAAAACUAAAAAGUUUACAUUUUUUACAAAUUUGUAAAAGUGCUAUAUUUAAGGGCCAAAAAGGGGUCUUACUGGGCCUACUCGUUUUCUUGUAAGAUAUUAGCAAUUUUUUAAAGGUAAAAUUUGAGUUUGUCAUACCAGAAAAGUUUCAAAGUAUUGUUGCUGCUUUGUACUGUAGUAUGAAACAAACAGAUUCUAGUUACUGUAAAUUCAGAAAUUAUUGCAAGCAUUUAUUUUUACGAUUUUUGAAGAAUGGACAAAAUGCUAGAUUAAUUAUUGCAAUUUCAGGAAAAGCUACAUUAUACAAAGAUAUGUAUCAGAUAUCAGAAUGCAAGUUUUUAUAAUUGCGAUACUUACCCAGUCACAUUAUUCAAAUUGAUAAAAACCUCACAAUAACUUCUGAAUUUACAGUAUUUGAAUGGAGAUAUUUUAGGAUCAUGAAUGAUACAUGUAUUAUAUUUUUAGACAAGUCAGGAAUAUGACAGUUGUUGUCCAUUCGUUUGAUGUGUUUGAUCUUUUGGUUUUGCCGUUUGAUUAUGGACUUUCCCUUUUGAAUUUUCCUCGGAGUUCAGUAUUUUAGUGAAUUUACUUUUUAUCACAUUAGUUUUUUUUUUACUCUGAUAAUUAUAUGGCAUUUGUUAUGAUUUCUAUAUUUUUUAUUUGAAAUAAUUUGUUAUUUAUAUUUGAGUGAUUUGUUUUUAUAUAUAAUUGGAAAAUUGAAACUUCUAGCAUUUUUUAUCUGAAUAAGGCCUUUUCAAGAAAUAAAUACAUUAGAGGGCCAGCACUUUAUUUGUGUAACAUAAAUUGGGUGUUUGGGUAUUUCAUCAGUUCCACAGAGAGUAUGCUUUACAGAAAAAAAUUCUAUUGGUAGUAAAUCAAAAGGAGAGUGGAGUUCCCCUAAUAUUUUUUUUCUGGAAUAGCCUUAAAAAAUUGCGAGGGCUAUCUUUAUGAGAUUUUACAAUCAGGGAUAUUUAUGGAAUUUUGUUCAAAUACUGGUAUACUGUUAUAAUAAUAUGCAAAAGAUGAUUCUGUUAGAUAUCGCCAUUAAUACUGCAAAAGGAAUCAUAGUGAAAUAGAGUAAUUGCAGGCAAUCUUUAGUGAGAACACUAACACUGAUUUAUUUAUUGAACAUAUUACUGUGGAUUCAUUUAUUAUCAUGAGUACCAAUUUUCGUUGAAUAAGGAAACUUACAUAUAGGGAUAUUUAAUUUUGUGGUUUUCUUUUAGUCUCCAUACAAUUAAGCCUAUAUGGAAUUUGCUAUUUGUUGAACAUUUACAUUCGUGGUUUACCUGUACCCACGAAAUCCACGAAAAUUGGUAUCCAACGAAUAAUAAUGAAUCCACAGUAUAACAUAUUUGGUUCCUACUUUUUAUAAAAUUCUUCAUUCAGGAAUAUAAAUCAAAUAAUAAUUUAUACUAAAGAAAUAAAGAAUGGUGUCAUUGAUUGAGGCAGCGAACAAACAAUAUUUAUGAUCCCAUUGAUCAAUGAUAUUAUUAUUUAUUUCCUGUAAAAAACGUACAAACAUUCAAUAAAUAUAAGGCACCAAUUUUACUGCCCAUUAAUAUUAAUAAAAUUUUUAAUAUUGUUUUUAUUUGUAAACUCUGCAUGUUAAAAUGAUAGUGAUAUAGAAUAUCAUAUUUGUUUGUUAUUGCAUUUAUAUUAUGUUGUAAUUUAUUGUUAUGGGUCAGUGGAAAUUAUUUUUGUUACUUUAGAAUCAAAUUUUAUACUUUUUGAUUUUAACUUAGCAAGAUGUCCGUAUUUGUUAAUUAUAGUAUGUUAUGUUUUGAAAUGAUUGUGAAUAUGAAUACUGUGAAUUCAUUAAUAUUUGUGGGUGCAAAAUUUUCAUUGGUUGAGGAAAAUUUGUAUUUUGUGGAUAUUUGGAUCUCAUGGUUGAACUAUAAUAUGAGUACAAGCCUAGAAAAUUUGUAUUUUGUUGAACAUGCACAUCAUGGUUGACCUCAACCCAAGAAAUGCAGGAAUAUUAGUAUCCGAUGAAUAAUAAUGAUUUUUCAGUAUUUCUAUUGUUAAUUUUGUUAUGGCAUUUAUUGUUAGUUGUUACAUAUAAUAGUUGGAUAAUCAGAGAAAUAACUUACAUAUUCUGUAGUAUACAAUAAAAUGUUAAGAUUUUA